ACUCUAUGAGGAUAUUCCACGAGCUGAAGAAACCUCAGCAGCUUUUAUUUUGCUCAGAGUUUGAGAUCACCGAGGGACAGUUUAACUUAUGGUCUCCUGAAACGGACAACUGUGCUACUUGGCUGAAAUGUUGAUGUGGAUUUUGACAGUUCUUGCCAUCAUCACAGGAGUGAAAGGAUAUGCAGAUGGUUAUUUCCCACAGGUAUGUGACUCAAUGGAAGUUCAACAUAACAGCGGGUCCACACCUAUUAAUCCCCAGAACUCUGAACUACCCUAUAAGAUUGAGAUCCAUCCACCCACAGGACAACAAAUUAGAGUUACUCUGAAGGCCGAUCCUGGACAUUAUUUUCGAGGGUUUAUGUUGGAAGCUCGAAGACCAAACACCAAUGCUGUUGGAACAUUUAUAGUGGCUGACACUAGUCUCAUUCGACUCCUGACAUGCAAUAAUGUAAAGGGCUCAGCUGUAAGUAAUCAUAACAACAGAAAAAAAGAUAAGGUCGAAGUAGACUGGAUCUCAGAUGGACAAGACCAGGACAUCUUCUUCAGAGCAACAUUUGUAGAGACAUACUCCGUAUUUUGGCGACCAAAUGACACAGAAGUUAUUUCUCUCACCACAACUCCUAAACCAAGUAGCUGA